AGAUCUCAUAAGAAGAAGCAGCAGCAACAGAAGGAUGGAUCAAUCACCGUCAUUUCCUCCAGCCUAGUAGAACCAGGGGUAGUUUCGCUUUGUGUCUUAGAUUUAAUCAGAUUUAUCGAACAGAUUACAAUAUAAAAUAAAAAAAAUAAUAAUUUGAAUGAACCUUGAUAGAGGAUUUUCCUUUUUGAGCCGUCGAGCGUCCCUUGUAAUGUGCAUAGAACACAUUAGCUAGCAGCAACCCAAUGGAUUACAAAAUACAUCUGUACAUGCACGAAGAUGUAUUAAGUAUACUGGCAUAGUCUGUUUCAUAUGCGCUCUGAAGUACAUAAUGUCCCAGCAUGCUCUGUUCUCUGAGAGUUGUAAGGCAUGGCGUUCACUGCCUUGUCAACAGUCAGAGCUUCGGCUGGAUCUCACUCUGGGAUGUGGUCAGACGUUCCGAUGGCGUGAGACUGCAGAUGGUCACUGGACAGGAGUAAUGCGAGGAAAAGUGUGGACACUAACUCAAACAGAGGAUACAUUAUGGUACUAUGUUUACAGCCAUCAAAUAAAUCCAGAAACAGAAAACAAACAGAAAUGGAAGGAGGAAGAGGAGGAACAAUUAUUGGGAAAGAUGUCAAAAAGAAAGACUGACAUGAAGCAGGAAGAGGCAGGAUUGUGCACAGUGAUGUCAGAGCCUGACAACAAAGACGAGGAACUUCUGAUGGACUAUUUCCAGUUAGGUGUUAAAUUAGGGGAUCUCUACAGACACUGGAGCACCUUGGAUCCACAUUUCAAACACACAGCAAGCAUCUUUACAGGAGUACGUUUGUUGCAUCAAGACCCUGUGGAGUGUCUUUUCUCAUUCAUCUGUAGCUCAAAUAAUCACAUCUCCCGGAUUCAGGGCAUGGUCGACAGACUGUGUCAGACACUUGGGACUCUCCUCUGCAAACUUGAUGACGUAGCCUAUCAUGAUUUCCCCCAUCUGCAAGCUCUCACAGAUCCUAGUGUGGAGAUGAAUUUGCGUGAUUUAGGUUUUGGCUACCGUGCUCGUUUCCUGCAGCAGAGCGCACAAGUCAUUGUGAGCUCUCAUGACCCUGACUGGCUCCAGUCGCUCUGCAGCAUCCCCUACUUACAGGCUAGAGAUGCACUGAGAGCUCUUCCUGGAGUUGGUCUCAAGGUGGCUGACUGUGUAUGUCUGAUGUCACUAAAUAAGUUUGAGGCUCUUCCUGUGGACACGCAUGUGUGGCAAAUAGCAAAACGUGAUUACAACUAUGCUGCUGGGAGCAACCAGAAGACUGAUAGAGUCUACAAAGAGAUUGGUGACUUCUUUAGAAAACUCUGGGGUCCUUAUGCAGGCUGGGCACAAUCUGUGCUCUUCUGUGCUGAUCUUAAGAGGUUUCAGAAGCUGAAAGAAGAGAUUCCUGCACUGAAAGAUAAAACAGAGCUGAAGAAAAAGAUGAAGGAGAGAACACAUGACAGAUGUGACGAAAAGCAGAAAAGAAAAAAAGGCAAAAAACAAAAGAGGUCAUAAGAUAAUAUCAUAAUGUAGAUAACAUUUAUCUGUAAUCGUAAAUCUUUUUUAAAUGCAUGUGGAUGAAUCAAUCUUGAAUUUCUACAAUAUUUGUCAGAAUCUCAAACAGCUAAAUUUUAUUGGUUAUGUCUAAGAAAGGACAGUAUUUUUUACACUUAAGUGUAUAAUAAAUGCUGUUAAACACA